GAAGAAGAAGAAGAAGAAGACGAAAGGGUGGAUUUAGCAAUGAUACAAAGUUUCGCUUCAAAAAUACAACAUUUACCUACUGGAGAAGGAUCAAGUAGAAUCAAGAUACAUAUACCUAAACGUGGUGAAAAAGAUUUUGAACCUUUAGCUGAGACUGUAAACCUUCAGGAGAUGAUGCUUCAACGGUCUAGGGAGGCGCUGUUUAAUGCUUUGGUUGGGGUGAGAGGAGGAAGUAGCAAAGCCAUUUCACACGCCGUAUACGACCCCACAAGCGAAGCCCCGUAUCCCAAAAUGCUCAUCACCCGAGGGCACAUUUACGAUUCUCUCGGUAUUGCUGUUCGAAAGGGUAAGGGCAAGUCAAGCGUUCAGCUUUUACCAGAAGAAUCUUUGUAUCUCCUCGAGCGUGGAAGUUUGCAAAUUUGGGUGGGUCCGGAGGGAGAUGAUGGGAUCGGGCAAUGGGAUGAAGAAUUUCAGGGGGUGAAGGGGGCAGUUGAGAUGAGUGUCAUGGAAGGCUAUGGAAAUUUUCUGGGAAGGGAAGGAUUGACAUGGGAGAGAUAUCAGGCAUAUGCUUACUUGAAACGAUUAGGAUAUACCGUACAACGAUCAAGAAGAUUCAUACCAUCUCAUUUCCUGGCUGAUCCUUUCACACGACACUCAAAUUGGCUUAAUCAGCAAAACGAAACUUUACCUCCUUUCCGAACAUGGUGGUCGAACCUCCCUCGUUGGUGUUCUCUUGCCAUCCGUCGAUUCUUCCAAUAUUCUUCGGCCUUGACAGCAAAUAUCGCCCACGUAGGCCUCAGACUUUCCUCCUCCAUCUUCCCUGGACCACGGCGGCAGUUUAAAGGCACAUUACUGCAGGAUUGGCUCGGAUCAACUUAUCCAUCUCUUUUCUCUCACCUUCGCAUCAUCCCCACAACCCACUCUGCUCCUCUACCUCUUCGUCCAACAUCUACAGCCAAGGACUCUAUAUACUCCGACCUGAAGACCAACCCCUAUAUCCCAUUUUUCCACGUAUGGAAACCCGCCGUCGCAUUCUCCAAAGUCAGAUGGGACCGAGGAUCGGCUCAAGGUCUAAUCAAUCAACCUCCCGAUUUCUUCGUUGCAGCUGUCGAAGCUCGUAAUACACCCAUGCCUUCCAUCCAUCAGCUCAAAGACGCAUGGGCACAAGUCCGUGAAGAACCUUCAGGUCCUAUACGAAGGCUUGGACCGCAAUACGAGAACCGCAAACCUAACACUCGGCGCUUCCAGUCGAAAGAGAAAAGUCGUUGGGAACGGUUCACCGAUUGGUGGAGAGGUAGCGAACCGAGAAAGUAUCAGGGUGGGAACAUGGGAGUAUUGAGAAAUGGAGAUAGGGCUUUGGUAGUGGCUGUCAACGAUUCUGGUAACACCGGAUGGGUUCGAUUCGGUAGAUCUGGAUUCGCCGAG